CGUUAGGUUAAUGUUAAAUAAAUAAUAAAUAAAGAUAACAGCUCUGAUUUUGAUCUGAAUUCUAGAUGCUUUUUUUUCACAUUUGUCUUAUUUCUAAUUUCUCUCCAUACAGGAAUGUCCAAUUACACCACUACUGGAUUAUAAAUCAAAAAACAUUUUAUUACUGAGUGGAUUUGAUAUAAAAAACACUGAAAAUGAUGAUCCUGGCGUAUUUUACUUUUGGAGGUUUAUCUCUUCUUUGUUUGAUCUUUCAAUACUGGGCCCACAGGACUCGACGCAAUGUUACAAUAGGCAAUAACCCGCAGUUCAUUAAAUUUCAAAGAGGCUACUUCGCUGUUUACCUAGUUGCUAUGUUUGCUGACUGGCUGCAAGGGCCGUACCUUUACAAGCUGUACAGUUAUUAUGGGUUUGAUGAGCAACAGAUUGCUGUGUUGUAUGUCUUUGGAUUUGCAUCAUCUGUAAUAUUUGGUGCUUGGACCCCAAUAGCUGCUGAUCAGUUUGGUAGGAAAAAACUCUGCAUAUUUUUUACUGUUGCAUAUUCAUUGUCCUGUCUACUAAAACUGUCGAGGAGUUACGGCAUUUUACUCAUUGGACGGCUGGUAGGGGGCCUAGCAACAUCAGUUUUGUUUACAGCUUUUGAGGCCUGGUAUAUCCAUGAACACCUGGAAACACAUGACUUUCCUAAAGAAUGGAUCCCAAUAACUUUUCAGAGAGCCUCAAUGUGGAAUGGCGUGCUUGCUGUUAUGGCUGGAGUUACUACCAAUAUUUUCUCUGAGUGGAUCGGACUAGGGCCAGUGGCUCCCUACAUGAUGGCCGUCCCAUUCUUAAUCUUUGUUGGGGUUAUUAUUUCAACACAUUGGAAUGAAAACUACUCCAUGCAUAAAAUAAAAUUUGGGCAUCUGUGUUAUGAUGGUUUGAGGGAUAUCAUCACCAACAAGCGUAUUUUUAUGAUAGGAGCAAUAGAAUCUUUAUUCGAGAGUGUGGUGUAUAUUGUGAUAUUUCUGUGGACACCUAUUUUAGAACAAGGGAAACCAUCCCUGGGGAUUAUUUUCUCCUGUUUCAUGGUUUGCAUUCUCAUUGGACAAGCCAUGUUCCAGAUUUUAUCUUCCAAAGGCAUACCAGUCAUCAAGAUUUUAUUAUUUGUAGUCAUACUGUCCAUUAUCUCUAUUCUAACAUGUGUGUAUUCAACCCACCCAAGAACGCGGCACCUAAAUGCAUCCCUGGUUGCCUUCCUGGUGUUCCAGUUUUGUGUUGGUAUGUACUUUCCCGCCAUGAGUGUUUUGCGGAUGCGGGUUAUACCCGAUGCGCACCGUUACGCAAUAAUGAACUGGUUCCGAGUGCCAUUGAACUUGAUUUCGUGUGCUGUUUUGAUGCUUCUUCACGAAGAUGUUUUCCUGCAUGGAAAUCACCUGAUUUUUGUGGUGUGUGUUGGUCUCCUGGCGCUUAUGUUGCUGGCAACAAUCAGGUUCAUCCGACUGCCACUGAGUCAAGAGGAAACAGAUGAAGAGGUUGGGGGUAUGACAAAAUUAAUGAUGGAAGCUGAACACAUUCAUAAUAUCUUUUAAAUCAUGGUGUGAUCUACACUGGCAUAGACAUUUAGGAUGGAGAAUUAAAUAUGUAAAGUUCAUGCAAAUGUAAUUUUAUCAAAAGCAAUUAGAUCUAUAUUUUAAAUGGUUGAAAAUAAUGUAAUACGUGCUUUUUUAUUUUUAAAAUCUUGUUCCCAUAUGAGACCCUAAUGGUAAUUAAAUUAUUUGCAUUUUAUACUGUACAGUUUAUUUAUUUUUAUUGUAAGUGUUUGCUGAUGUAAUUCAAUAAUCAAGCUUUGAAUAUUCACCUAAAUUGCUUCAAAUAGCAUACUUUUCAAAAUGUAUUUAAAUUUUGAAAUCUUAUGGGAAUUUUUUUCUUGUAUUACCAUGCUCAAUAUGUUUGAAUUUGAAAAAAAAAAUUAUUAAGGAGUUUUAAUCAAGAUUGUUACCAGUACAUUCCCUUUACUCUAAAUCAGUUCUAUAUAAAUUAACUUUAUUUUUUAAAAAUGACCUAUGAGUGGAUAGGAGUAUGAAUAUAAUUUCCUUUAUAUGUUGAGGCCAAAUGGAUCGCUGGGUCUAAAGAGUUAUCUUUUACAAGAAUUAGGUUGAACAACAUGUUAAUCAACAUUCUAACAACCUCUUUCUAAAGCUUUAUGAAAAGUUUUUUUUUUUCUGUUGAUAAUACACUAUUCUUAAAAAAAUAAUAACCUGUGGAGAUAAUUGAUAAUUACAUGUUGCUUUAAAAACUUUCAUUAAAUUAUACUUGAAUACUGCCAGUCUCAGUUAUUAAAUAUUUUAUUAAAGCUGUUAAUGUUAAAUCUCACAUUAUAACUUACUUAUUUUGUUUCUGCUAAUAAUUUUCAUACAUAAAUCUUGCCAUUCACCCACUUAAAAACUAGCAUAUAGUAGAGAAAAGCAACAAUUAUGUUUUUUUCUAUUCUGUGUGAAGUUAAUUUUGUACGUGUUUAUUUUUUACAUUUUUUUCUAACCUACCCGGUACAAAAAUUUGACUUCCAAAUUGAGAGGUGUUGACGAUUCUGUGAUGUUUUUAUAUUUGAUGAAGUUGUUUACAUGUGUACAGUGUUUGGGGAGAAGCAGCCUUUAUUAUUAUUGUGUAAAUAGCACACUUUAACACUGGAGUUUGUUGACAAACUUGAUUCUAUCCAUUUUCAUCUUCUAGUUCUUGUUUCUCUUUAGUUUUGAAGUUUGUAAUCAAACUAUCACUAACACUGAUCAAACACAUUAUCUUUAGUUUUCUUUAUUGUUACUUUUGAAACUAUCAUUACAGUAUAAAUAAAAAAAUUAAAGAAUUACUAACUUAAAUAAUUUUAACUAUUAUGUUAUGAUUGAACGUUAAUAAUCAAGUAAAUAUUUUCAUUUGAUUGCUAUACUAAGUGUAUAUUAAUGUUGGUUGUUCUAUAUAUCCUAAUUUUAGGGUACUGUUCUGCACUAUAUUAAUGGUAUUUGAUUGAAGAAUUUUGCUAAAUUGUACUUGAAACAGAUGAAAGAUCUUGGAUAUUUUUUUUAACAGUGUGUGGGUAUUUUUUUUUCUGAGCAAGUCAUGUUAUGAAAGUUUAUAUGAGACGUAAGAAGCAGCUGUUUCAGGAAAUUUUAUUUUGUUUGUUUCUGUAUAUACACCAUCAACUUGCAACUACCAUAGCAUCUAAUUUAUUUGCUUCACAUCUCAAUAUUAGUCCACAUUAUAAGAGAGCAUGUAUUUUAGUGUGUACAGAUUGAAAUAAUCAGUAUUGGUUUUUAAUUGUGCGUAGCAAUUCAUCUCUGUAUUAAAUGUUAAAAAUAUAUACUAAGAUACAGAUAGUUGUAAUACCAAGCAAAUCUGUAUUUAUUAAAUGGUAGAACUCCAAAGAAAAACAUUAGCUAUUUAUCCUACGCAAGAUUUUUUUUCGAGAUGCAACUGAAUUGUGUGAAAGAUGUUUGUUUGAUCAGGACAGUUUUAUUUCAUUCUUUUAAAGUCCUAAGAAUUUUUGUAUUACCUGAUUACCCUAUUUAUAUCAUUGUUAUUUGUGGGAGAAAAUGUGAAUUGUAAUAUUAACUUGUGGAUUUAUUUUUAAAGGGAAACACUAUGGGUGUUUUAAAUUACAGUUUUUGUCUUUUUUUCUUGUGUUUGUGCCAAUAGC